GUUGAAAAGAGAGGAUUAGGGAGGCAGGACCAAAACAUCUUCUGCUGCCUGUGUAAGACUUCAGUCACUGUUCUGUAGAUCAGGGUAGUCAAUAUUCAGCCAUGGAUCUGAGUGCAAUUCUGAUGCAGAUUGAAAACGGGAGCGAUGAGGAAAUUGAAAGGCGUUUGCAGGAAUACAACGUAGAGAACUGUAAGACUUUUGCCUUUGACUGCAAACAAGAGGACGCUCGAAUAAAGCUGUGUCAGGGCAUACUCGCAGUGCUCGCUCAGCCUGUGCGGCCCCAGUGUCAGAGCACCUGUCUGGAGACCAUGCGCAUCCUGUCUCGUGAUAAGCGUGUCCUUGGGCCUGUAGCCACCCACGACGGCAUUGUUACUCUUGCCCGGCUGGCGUGCGUCCCACUGCCUGAUGUCAACGUGGAACCUCUGAAGAAAACCGAGUCAGCGGCUGAGGAGCGAGUAGUGGUGGAAGCACUCAAGUGCCUGUGUAACGUGGUGUUUAACAGCGUGGCAGCGCAGCAGGUGGGUGCAGACGUGCAGCUGGCGCAGGGUUUGUGUGCCCGUCUGCGCUUGGCCAGCUCCGCCCACCAUGACAUGGAGCUCUUCUCUCUCCGUUUGCUCUUCCUGCUUUCUGCCCUGAGGCCCGACGUCCGGAGAGGGCUGCGCCAGGAAUCAGACGCUGUGGAGCUGCUCACUGGUGUACUCGAGCGCGCCUUGGAUGUGCGCUGGGCGGGGCCGUAUGAAGUCACGUGUCCUGACUCACAGGCCCCACCCAUUCCUCUAGAGAGGAACGAGCGGGCAAUGGAGUCACUCAAAGCUCUGUUCAACAUCACCAUGGCUGACUCAAGUGAUCAGCAUAAUGAUCACCAACUGAGGCGUAUAGCAGCCAUAAUGAGGCAUAUUCUAAUGCUGAGGGUUCAGACAGAGGAGAAAACAGAGGAAGCUCAUAGUCAUGCCAUAAAUCUUCUGAGCAACCUUCCCGUAUCCUGCUUGGAUGUCCUGAUCCACGUGCCUGUACAGGGAGGACUUGAGGAGUAUGAUGGAAAGAACAUGGAUACUCUGCAGGUGCUUCUGGACUUCAUGGAGAAAAGAAUAGACAAGGGGUCAAAUUACAAAGAAGGCCUGACUCCAGUGCUGAGCCUGAUGACGGAAGGUUCCAGAUACCACAGGGAGAUUCGCAGAUACCUUAAAGCUAAGGUUUUACCGCCUCUAAAAGAUGUAAAAGAGAGACCAGAAGUGGGCAGCACAGUGCGCAACAAACUGGUGCGCCUCAUGACCCACAUAGACAUGGGGGUGAAACAGGGGGCCGCGGAGUUCCUUUUCGUCCUCUGCAAGGAAAGUGUGGACAACCUUUUGAAGUACACUGGCUAUGGCAAUGCUGCAGGGCUGCUGGUGGCUCGGGGACUGCUGGCAGGGGGCAGAGGAGACACUGAGUACUCUCCUGAUGAGGAUUCAGACACAGAGGAAUACAAAUCAGCAAAACCAUUCAUUAACCCGAUUACAGGCCACAUAGAGGAGCCAAUGCCGAACCCUAUCGAGGACAUGACAGAGGAACAGAAGGAAUAUGAAGCUCAGAAACUUGCAAACAUGAUUGGCGAGUUGUCAAGACUAUGGUUAGAGCAGACUGCCUCCAUGUUCCAUGUUGACCUUUCUGUUAAAGACCGGCAGCGAAGGCUAGUGAGGCUCCAGUAUGAGGAGCUGUCGCGUUGCUCUGACAGGUUCCUUACCAACCGCUUCAUUAAGACAGCAACUGAUCAGGCCAAUGGGAGUGAGGAAGGAUGGCACACUAGCUCCCCUAGAGGAGGCGGUACACAUGUGCAACGUUCCAGACAGCAGCGACUCGGACACGGAUUAAGACACACGGACUCUUAACUCGCUCGUGCGCUGAAGCACCACAGAGUCAGCGCUCCAUAUUAAAAGAAAGCAUAUAAAUCAGUUUGUGUUGUGUUCAUGUUAGAAACAAUACUUUUUGGGCCUGUUUGAUUUUUGAGACAUCACGCGUUAUACGUCAGUGCAAAUGAGUGACCAAGAGUGGAGUCAUGGUGUAGUGAACAUGUAAAUCAAACAGGCACAGACUGUUUUUGUCCAGCACAACCAGGAGCGUGAUGUGGUGAGCGCGACCAGAAAUUUACAACGGACGAUAGCUAUUUUAUCUCAGAAACCAUACUAACAAGAAUUUACAAGGUACAAAUGUAUACGUUUUAUUACAUUUCUUUUGCAAUGUUGGGCCGCGUUCACCGGGUACCUCACUGAUGCUCAGGACAAGGCCAGUGCAAGAAUCUAACAGAACCCACACCAGUCUCAGACCGUAAACCAUCCCACUAUCCCCACUCAGAAGCAGAAAGAACAUACUCAUACCUAAUGCCUUUGUUUUUCUGUGAGAUCAGUUUGGAAGUUUUCUUUACCUUGCUCCAUCGGUAAUCAUUCCUUACCUUAUUCGAGGUGCACUGAACUGUUAACAGGCAUUUACGCCUAACGGCGAUGGAGAAAAUGAAGGAUGUUAGACUGUUAAUAUUAUCUUGUAAGUGAAAUUAGGACAGCUAGCGUGGGCUGCUCCUGCUGCACGUCUCUUUAUAAAAGGUUUGUGAGCAGUAACCUACAUCAAUAAGCGUAUUGUAGUUCAAUAGAAAAGACACAGGUAUAUACACACCAGGCUAGUCUAUAAUUCUAGCAUGAUUUCAUUACUUCAAUAUUACAUUUGGACAAUCUACUUUUUUUUGUAUAAGAUUAAGCCAUAAAAUUUAAUUUAUUAUUAUUUAAAAAAGAGAUUUAAAUACUCAUUUAAUAGAUUGGUAUUAUUAACUAAAGUGGAUUUGUUAAUAAUACUAAAGAGAAUGCUGGAAUCACACGGAAGUGGGGAAAACUUUUUUUUUUUCUUUUUUUUUUUUUUUUAAAAGAGAUGCACCAAUACAAAAUUUCUCGGCCGACACCAAUAGUUAUGCCUUCUUUUAAAUUAAUAAUAAUUAAUUCCACAAUUCUGAAGGAAAUGGAAAUAAAAACUAUUCUCUCCAUUUCAACAAGUUGUUUCACAGUAACUGGUCUCAUAAAGAGAAAACACAUUACUCACAUUAACACAAUUUAUUCUCAGAAUUUAGUUCAAGAUUUCUUAACUUAUUGAUUAUUAAUUCAUAUUAAUAUUCUAAAUUCUGAACUCUAAAAAAGCAGUGCAGAGCUUACAAACUGCAGUUUUGUCGGCAUUGUCACCCAAUAGACAUCUUUACAUAAAGCACAAAUUUGAUGUUUUUUCCCCACCCUCUUUUGAUUGACAGGCUAUAAUUGGCCCUGAUCAUCGGAUGUUUUUAAACUAUCGGUUGAUGGCCCAUAGCGUGAAAAAUUGCCUUUAUCGGCCAAUAACGAUUAUCAGCAGAUACAUCGGUGUGUCUCUUUUUUAAAAAUUUUUUUUAUUCAAAAUUCAAAGUGUUUAAAGAAGAAAAGAUUAGCCGUCACUAUGUAGAGCAUAACGUGUCUGUAACACUGCUGCACAAAUGAUCUGUAGUUCUGUUCAGAGACAUUCACUGACCUUCAUUUCUGUUUGAUCAAAAGCCUUAUUUCUCUUGAAUGGGAAACCAUGAGCCUCUUUCCUUUGUGCUGAAAAACAUUUAUCUAAACAUCUAUGGCCUUACAGUGAAAUCUAAUGUUUGUUUUAAAGUCCCUUGUUUAGCUUCUGGAACAUCAAAUUUUCCUGGUAAACUUUUUUUUUUUUUUUUUUUUUUUUUUAAAUAAUAGUAGUUCAAAAUGGUUCACAACAAAAAAGAAAAAUAUUUAGUGAAACAAAGUCAUUUUCGACGGUUCACAGAACAUUUAUCUAUUUGCGCAUUCACUUCUUUUAACUUAAAAGCCUUUUAACUGACUGCUUCUAGUCAGAAUGAUCUUUUUGUUCAUGUAAAUGCAUGGUCUUUCUGUAAAUUUGCUUAUUAUUUUUAUUCUGAAAACUGGGAAAUCAUGGGCUUUCGCUUUGCAUUAUAAAGUGCUGGGA